AACCAUCAUUAGUUAUAUUGACAGGCUAAUGUAGUGCUCAAUGUAGUCCUCAACUUUCCCUUUAACCCCUUUCCAAUUGGGCAGAUUUUCUAAAAGCAAAGGAAUCAAACCUCUCUCUCCCACACUCACUCCCACACCCUUCCCUGCAACUGCAACACCAAAUCAUCAUUUCAGUCACACCUAAAAUCCCAAAAUACUAUCACCAAAUUUUCGUAACCCCAUCAACUCAAAUUCACAAACCCCCAAUAUAAUGUUAUUAGAACUCCGAUGACACCCUUCAAUUAACUCUCUCACAUUCAACAGUGUGAGAGAGGGCAUAACCUGAACCAUCCCAUGGAGAUUCAACAAAGCUUGAAGCUCACAAUCCACAAGAAAUGGCCAUCAUCACCCAAAAAACCACCUAAAGAAACAGAACCAAUAACCACCACCCCAACUACUCCAAAGCUGAAAUGGAAGAAAAUCUUCUUCCAAACCAAAACCAAAACCCAAACUCAAACACCCCCAGAAGAAUUCCUCUGCCCUAUUUCUCAUUCCCUCAUGUUCGACCCAGUCAUCGUCUCCUCCGGCCACUCCUUCGAACGCUCCUCCGUGGAAGCCUGCAUAAAUGUCAAUUUUACCCCUCAACUCCCCGACGGCACCACCCCCGAUUUCUCCACCCUCAUCCCCAACCUCGCCCUCAAAUCCGCCAUCCUCAAAUGGUGCCAAUCCACCCACACACCACCCCCUCCACACCCCAACAACAACAACAACCACCUCGUACAAACCUUAAUCUCCUCGAACCCAAGCCUCGUACCCACCUUAAACCCCCCGAACCCAAGCCUGGUACACACGAACCCCACCCCAGAGAAAAUCUCCGACCAAGAUUUGAUUUUGAAUUCUCUGAACGAAAACCCACCACUGACGAACCUCCGCCACCACGCGGAAACCGAGGUUCCGAUAAGACGGACACAUUUGUACACAAGUUCCGAUGAAUCCAUAGCGACAACGUCAGCCUCAACGCCGCCACUUCAACUCUCCACGCGCCCAAGCUGCUGCUACUACUCUUCACCUUCGUCUUCAGAACUCGAACCCGCCACAACCCCAGAAGAAGAAGAAAUCAUGACAAAGCUCAAAAACCCUCAACACAGUGUAAUCGAAGAAGCGCUUAUCUCUCUCAGAAAACUAACGAGAAUAAGAGAAGAAACAAGGCUUCAACUUUGCACUCCUCGGUUACUCUCCGCGUUACGUUCCCUCGUUUUGUCGAAGCACGUGAACGUUCAGGUGAACGCUCUUGCAUCGGUGGUGAACCUAUCGUUGGAGAAAAGUAAUAAGGUGAGGAUCGUGCGGUCGGGGAUGGUUCCGCCGUUGAUCGAGGUUUUGAAGUUUGGAUCCUCUGAGGCGCAGGAGCACGGUGCGGGCGCGCUGUUUAGUUUGGCAAUGGAUGAUGAUAACAAAACCGCGAUUGGGGUUUUGGGUGGUUUGGCUCCGUUGCUUCACAUGCUCCGAUCCGAGAGCGAGCGGACUCGGCAUGACUCGGCUUUGGCGCUUUAUCAUUUGUCUUUGGUUCAGAGUAACCGGUCCAAGAUGGUUAAACUCGGUUCGGUUCCGGUUCUUUUGAGCAUGGUUAAAUCGGGUCAUAUGAUGGGUCGGGUUAUGUUGAUAUUGGGGAAUUUGGGUUCCGGGUCGGACGGCCGGGCCGCAAUGUUGGAUGCGGGUGUGGUGGAGUGUUUAGUGGGGUUGCUCAGUGGGCCCGAACCGGGGACCGGGUCAACUCGGGAGAGUUGUGUGGCAGUGAUGUAUGCACUGAGUCACGGCGGGUUGAGGUUUAAGGCGGUGGCGAAGGCGGCCGGGGUGGUGGAGGUGUUGCAAAAGGUGGAGAAGAUGGGGAGUGAGAGGGCCAGGCGGAAGGUGAGGAAGAUAUUGGAGAUAAUGAGGACAAAGGAGGUGGAGGAGGAGGAUGUGGAUUGGGAGGAGUUGCUAGACUCGGGGUUGGGUUGCCGGACUCGGAGUAGACUCGGUGGUGGGUUGGAUGAGUCAAGUGCAAACUCGGCCGAGUUUUGAGUAAAGUUGAUUUUUUUUUAUAAAAAAAAUGUAAAUGUUUGAUUUUUUAAGAUUAUGUUGUUAUUAAGGUUCUUUUGGUUCACAUGCUUUUUUGGAUUUUUCUUUUAAAAAAAUCCAUUGUUUUUAUGAUUUUUGAAGUUGGAUGAAGAAUUGAUAAAUGGGAGUAUUUUUUUUUUAAUUUGAUU